AUGGAUCAAAACAGCCUAAACGAGAAUGAUGGGCCAGGUUCCAGAGACGCCGCGACACUUCCACCAGACCUAGAAGCACAAUCACUUGCCAGAUUCGACAACCUAGUAGCCAAAGGACAACUGGUCUAUGAGCCUUCGACAGCCGAGACGGUGGAAGACCAGGGAUUCAAACUCAAUUUUCGAUUCGUGCCUCACCUGCGCCGCAAACCCAUCACGCCAUCAGAUGCACCCGAGCGGAAGACGGGAAAGGGCCACAAUCCCUUCCUCAAUCCAAACCCGGAUGAGGUCCUCUCGGAAGUCGGGUCAUCCCACCUCCUAAUUUUGAACAAAUUCAGCGUAUACCGACCGGGUCUGCUGAUCAUCACGAGGCAUUUCGAACCACAGUCGGAUGACCUUGAUCGAGGCGACUUGUCGGCCGCCUGGGUGGUCUUGCAGCACUUUAAGCAGCGAUACAUGAUGAUCUUCAAUUGCGGAUUCGAGUCAGGAUCGAGCCAAGGGCACAAGCACAUGCAACUUUGGCCGUAUCCGGACGAGCAAGAGCUGGGCUUUCAGCUCUUUCCACAUGUUGCUGAGUCGACAGUGGGCAUCACUGAUGAUAUUCCGACUGUGCCUCACAAACACUUCGUUCUUCGACUGCCAGCACACAGUGACGCGGAUACCCUCAUCCAAGCCUAUGAAAAGCUGCUCAGAAAGGUCCGACAAAGCCACAAAGAAGCCGGCGGGGGUACUGACUACAACGUGAUUCUCGUGAAAGAGUGGAUGUGCCUCAUUCCUCGCCGGCACAGUGGCCUUGAAAGGGGAGCAGGCGCAAACUCUGCAUCGAUGCUGGGGCUUGUGUGGAUCACCGCGGAUUCUGAAAAGGACGUCUGGAACUCUGCUGGCCCAGCUGAGUAUCUCAGAUACCUGGGUCUGCCGAGAUAG